AUGAUAAAAUCAAGCGAUCAGAUAGUUCUCGAGAGACGACUUAGGCCGAUUUACGAUGCAAUUGAUAUUGGUAAUAACAAAAAAGCGAUUCAAGAAGCAGAUAAAAUUUUGAAAAAACAUCCGUUAACAUUCGCUGCCAAGGUUUUAAAAGCUCUUGCACUAAUUAGAUGUGAUCGAGUUAGUGAAGCUUGGUUAAUUAUAAAUGAAGUUGAAGCGACGGUAGAUAAUAAUUUCGAUGAAAGUACUCUUCAGGCAUUGUGCCAUUGCUUUAAAGAAGCAUACACUCCUGAUCGAAUAACAAAACUUUAUGAAGGAAUAUGCAAUCGUUUUCCAAAAAAUGAACAAUAUUUAACGCAUUUAUUUAUGAGCUAUGUCCGUGUUAGAAACUAUAAAAUGCAACAAAAAACUGCCUUAUCGUUAUACAAAGAAUUUCAACGAAAUCCCUAUUAUUUUUGGAACGUAAUGAGUAUUGUAAUGCAGGCAAUUACUGGGGAAGGCGAUGCCAGUCAAUCGAUGCUAUUUGCAUUAGCUCAAAAAAUGGUGGAAAAAAUGAUUAAUACGAAUUCAAUUCAGUCAGAAGCAGUUAAUCCGGUCGCACGACGUUUUACAUAUCAGUCUCCACAGAUUUUGGCUCAGCGGAUCCUAAACUUUCUUGAAUUAGCUGGAAAAUAUUCUUUGGUUAUUGAUCGAUGCAUUUCAGAAUUAAAAAAUAGCCAAGCCGUUGAUGACUGGUUAUUAUGGAAAUUGAUGAUUCAGUCAGCCUUCGCAAUUAUGGAUAAGGAAUAUUGCGAUGUAGAGAUGCAGAAUAUACUUAUCAACAAAAUUGCUAUUUGUGUUUCUUCAUCGAUUGAUGCAGUCACACUGAACGUGAAAGCAACAAAUCUUCGUGGCCCGUACCUUGCCAGACUAAUGUUAAUAAGCGAUCCAUUCGAUUACCUUAUUGAAUAUAUUAAAAUAUUUCAUUCAAAACCUUGUUGUUUUUUCGAUAUUAAACUUUACUUCUGCUUGCUUGAUAGAAAGGAAAUCGAAAGAUUUAUUACUGCAAUCAAAAAUUUUAUAAAUUCAACAGGAAUUGAUGAGAAUUCGUUACAUUGGGUUGCAAUUUGCUGUUAUCGUUGUCAGUAUGCGUUGGGAUUAUUCAAUGAUUUAUCACCUCCUGAAAAAAGAAAAAUUAUUUCCGAAAUAAUUCUUUCUGUGAAAGAAUGUCGCGAUGCAUUUACAGUGGCAGCUUAUGCAAAUAUUGCUGCUCAUUUAUUGUGGAAUAUUGCAGUCAAAGAUGGUGAUUCUGUUUCACUUUAUGAAAUUGUAAUGUUAAUAGAAUGGAUAUCGAAUAAUCAUACCCUAGAUUCUAGUCUUCGAAUUAUACUUUGUCGAGUUUAUGCUAAACUUGGUGCCAUUGAACCAGUGCGUAAUCAGAUUUUCUCACUGGAUAUAAAAUAUGUACAGAGGGAUACUUUAGGAUAUUUGUUAUUUGGAUUGUUUGAAUUAUACGGUUUUUUCAAAACGGGUAAUUGUUUUUGCACUGAAUUGAGUGCUCAUUUUGAUCAAGGUGAGAAAGAGGUAAUUGAAAAAUCUUGGGAUACUUGCGAAUCUUGGGUUGUUUUGUUUCUUAAGACUUUUAUGCCAAUCUUGGUUCGAAUUAUAACAUGGUCUGAUACAUUCACGAUAUCAGAGUGCCUUACCACUGCCUAUAAAAAUGGAACAUUUUCGCAAAUUCCUUAUCUUGUGGAAUUUCUUUUGCAUGUCAGUAAAUCCAUUCAUGCUACUGCUUCAGAUAUUCGUAGCCGGCAUCUAAGUGCUUGCUUUGCGAUGGAGAAAAUUGAACAUGUAGUUGAUACUUUAUUUGGUGAUGAUGAUGUAAUUGAUUUUGACGGAUUAUAUGAUAAUCGAGAUCUUGGAAUUAUUCCUUCUUUAGAGAUCGGCAUUUUUGAGAGGUUAAUCCAAGAGGCCCGUGAAUAUUCAUUUAUCGAACAGAAAGAUUCUCUGAAAUUACAACACUUAUUAUUACGAACCAUUGCAUCAGUUUGGCGUCAGAGACAGUCUUUAAAACAAGUAAAGAAUUACCUAGAAGAUUUAUUAAAACACUAUGCAUAUUGCAAACAACAUUACCAGAAAUUGCAUCAUUCGUUGGAAAUCUUGCAAGCGCCUCCAUCUACAUUUCUGUACCAAUAUGUUCAUGGUCAAUAUGUAGAUUUGCUUGUAUUUUUAAUUAAAUCUAUCGUGUCUAUCUUAGAAUUUUAUGGAGAUUCCGGCAAAUCUGAGAGCAAAGAGGAUAUUCCAAAGACACUGGUUGAUCUAAGGUCAUCACUUGUAGAGAGACUUGAAUUUAUUUAUGAAUCGUUAAUUAAUGCUAUGAAACUACUUGAUGAAGAAAAUUUCGUUCCUGUGGUGAACAGUGAUUACGAUCAAGAUAUCACACAAGUUCUGUCGGUGGUGAAGUCAAAGGUUGAUUUUAACUUUUUAUCAUCAUAUAAAAGUUCGCUAAUAGAAAUGCAAACAGUUGCACGAUGUCUCAUAACGCCAUCAUGGUUAUAA